AGCUUGGUUAACUGGUUGUUGACCUGCUCGUGGCAAAAAACGACGCAUUGAGGCCUUUUGCCUUGCGCCACCACACGGGGCAGAAAGCCAUUUCCCAUUCACUUCAAUCCAAUCCGCCGCUCUUUUCUCCCCACCAUCACAAUCGACCUCCAAACCGCCGUCGACGUCGACGUCAGCGACCACGACAGGGCGAUCCCAGACCCUCCUUCGCCCAAAAACAAUGGAUUAUCGUGAUCAAAGACCCCCACGGUCUGCCUACCAACAGCAGUAUCACCCAUCACCUCCACAGUCUCCUCCCGUAUACCCAGAACAGCAGUAUUCUGGGUAUAAUCAUCCAUCUUCUCCAUCCUCUGCCUACUCGCAGCAGCGGCCAGCCUUCAACCAGUAUCAUGAGGGCAGGUCACAGAAUAUUUCUUUCCAAAAUACAGAGCGUGGUGAUAGGCAGAGUGCCCUUGAUCAGCAACGUCAGCGCACCCUGCCCUCCGCAUACCAAAACCAACUUUCACCUACCUUUGUCGACUCAGAAGGAGCAGAUUACAUCGAUCCUGGACGAGUGGGGCGGAAAAAGAGUUUGGUGAGACCAGACCGGGAGAAGAUCGAACCUGGCCACAGGCAAUGGCAUUAUCGCACUCAUGCAACACAGAUGCAGAACGAGGGCACCGGCAGAGUGGGCGUUCAGCCAUCCACUACUGGUAACUAUCCGCAGAAAGCAAAGCUCCGCAGAGGAAGAUCUCUUCUUGCGCGUGAGGAAGAUGUGCAGGAGUCGGGACUUGCUCUCUUUAAACGGGGUGCAACUCUUCGGCGCAAGCGCCCAGCGUCGACUCAGUCUGCCGCGCCACUGACAGUCCCUGACCGCAGCUCGCGCAAUUGUCUUGACAGUAUCGGGCCAGGGCCCAAGGAUGCCUGGUUUAUCUACUGUUACAUCAUUACCUGCUGGAUUCCUCAUUUCAUGUUCCGGGCAUGCGGUAUCCGCACGCCAGACGCGCAACGUGCAUGGCGCGAGAAAAUGGGUCUCAUCAGUAUCAUCUUGAUGGAGAUGGCUGCUGUCGGUUUCAUCACAUUCGGCUUCACAGAAGCUGUUUGCGGGAUGCCUCCCAACCGAUUCCACCAGGGCCAGAUCCAGAACAAUUCGGUGAUCAUUCACGGUUAUGACUAUGACUUUUCCAACUUCAAGCAUCCAGCUGUGGGGCCGUUCAACGGAUCAACGAACCCACUUCUGACUGGCGGAUGGAACCUGGCCGCUAAUGACGCAAGUUUCUUGUUCCAGAUCACCAAUAAUAAUUGCUUGGGCGUCAUUACGAAGGCGAACGGUUCCAGUAUCACGGGCAGCGGACAAAUGUUGGACUGGUACUUCCCUUGUAAUGUGUUCAAUCCACAGUCAAGCGCACAGAAUUUGUCCGGAUACGGAGACUCGACGAACUGCCAUGUAUCUGCCACAGCAAAGCAGGGACUAGCUGCGAUGAAGCCUCAGGGGCAGGUCUACUAUACAUGGGAUGAUGUUGCAGCUUCUGAUCGCAAUCUGGCCGUCUUCGAGUCAAAUGUCCUCGACCUAGAUCUCCUACAGUGGCUCAGCACCACUGAGGUGCAGUACCCUGCUCUUUUUGAUCAAAUGAAGACAGCAGAUGGGACAUACAACGGAAAAGACCUUUCUAUGAUGUUCCUGCGGUCAAACCAGCGCCAGGUCGGCUUGUGCCUCGAGGACGUGAUCACGGUCGGGUUCAUUGAUACUAAUUCAAUCGGUUGCGUUGCCUCCUCAGUCGUCCUCUAUCUUUCCCUCGUGUUCAUCAUCGGCGUCGUCGCUAUUCGCUUUGUCAUGGCCGUUAUGUUCGCAUGGUUUUUCUCAUGGAAGCUUGGCAAUUUCCCGCGGGAGACAUACGAGCAACGCAUGCAGCGCUCGGCUCAGAUUGAGGAUUGGUCGAAUGAUAUCUACAGGCCUGCACCGAGCGAGUAUCGCCCCAAUGUGAGCAAGAACGGGCUGCGGAAUGGGAAGGUCGGGAAGAAAGGAUUCUUCCCGUCUACCUCUCGUUUCACGCCACAGGAGAACAUGCCCAAGGGCGCAUCUCCUCGCCCUCCCACGAACUACGGAAUGGUUGAUCCGUACAAACGGAACACUGCAUACUCCACCAAGGCUCCUUCUAAAGUUAGUCCCCCUGAUACACCAUACCGCCAAUCAAGAAGCACCAUGUCGUUUGGUGAUGUAUCAUCGCGCAAUAUCUCUCCUCGCUCCGCGUUCCUUGAUACACCCUGUCCGUUCCCUCUGCACAAUGUUGUGCCACAGCCUCCCCCUGACUUUGAACCGUUCAACUUCCCUCUCGCGCACACUAUUUGCCUGGUCACGGCAUACUCAGAGUCCGUCGAGGGUCUUCGUACAACGCUUGACUCCCUCGCUACAACAGAUUAUCCUAACAGCCACAAGCUCAUUCUUGUCAUUGCGGAUGGUAUGGUCAAGGGUGCUGGUAACACGCUGACGACACCGGAGAUCUGUCUGACAAUGAUGAAAGACUUCGUCAUCUCACCACAUGAGGUCGAGGCACACUCUUAUGUCGCCAUUGCAGAUGGCCACAAGCGCCACAACAUGGCUAAGGUCUACGCCGGUUUCUACGACUACGAUGACGCCUCGGUCGAGCGGUCGAAACAGCAGCGUGUCCCCAUGGUCGUUGUCGCCAAGGUUGGCAACCCACUGGAGACGAAUGAUGCGAAGCCCGGUAACAGAGGCAAGCGUGACUCGCAGAUCGUUCUCAUGGCCUUCCUGCAGAAGGUCAUGUUUGACGAGCGGAUGACGACGUUUGAGUAUGAGUUCUUCAACUCUAUUUGGCGCGCGACGGGUGUCAGCCCAGACCGGUAUGAGCUCGUGCUUUGUGUCGAUGCGGAUACCAAGGUGUUCCCGGAUUCGCUGACGCGCAUGGUGUCGUGUAUGGUUGUGGACGUCGAGAUUAUGGGUCUGUGCGGAGAGACGAAGAUUGCGAACAAGGCGGACAAUUUCGUGACGAUGAUGCAGGUCUUCGAGUACUACAUCUCACAUCACAUGACUAAGGCCUUCGAAGCGAUGUUCGGUGGUGUUACUUGUUUGCCCGGCUGUUUCAGUAUGUACCGGACCAAGGCUCCCAAGGGUGAUACUGGGUACUGGGUUCCUGUCCUGGCAAACCCCGAUAUUGUGGAACGGUACUCGGAAAACGUUGUUGACACUCUGCACAAGAAGAACCUGUUACUCCUCGGAGAAGAUCGGUACCUUACGACACUCCUGCUCAAGACAUUCCCAAAGCGCAAGAACAUGUUCUGUCCCCAAGCAGUCUGCAAGACCAUCGUCCCUGACACCUUCCGCGUUCUGCUCUCCCAACGUCGUCGGUGGAUUAAUUCGACAAUCCAUAAUCUGUUUGAGCUCGUUCUUGUUCGUGAUCUUUGUGGAACCUUCUGUUUCUCAAUGCAGUUCGUCGUGGGUAUGGAGCUGAUGGGAACGCUUGUCCUGCCUGCCGCUAUCAGUUUCACCCUCUACCUCAUCAUCAUCUCUAUCAUUCCCGGUGGUGCCAAUACCACCAUCCCCCUCGUGCUACUUGCUAUCGUCCUUGGUUUACCCGGUCUUCUCAUUGUCGUGACAUCACGCAAGGUCGCUUAUGUCGGAUGGAUGAUUAUUUAUCUGAUUUCGUUGCCCAUAUGGAACGGUCUCCUCCCUGCCUACGCGUUCUGGCACUUUGAUGACUUCUCAUGGGGUCAGACGCGGCAAAUUGCAGGUGACAAGGGUGGCAACCAUGGGGAUAAGGAGGGAGAAUUCGACUCUUCGCAUAUCGUCAUGAAGCGCUGGGCUGAGUUCGAGCGUGAUAGGCGGUGGAAGAGCGGGGUGCAAUCUCGUGACUCGACUGUCAACAAUCGGUACUCGAUGGCGUCAAACUCUGAUAUCAACCACAAUGGUGGUGUCGACUCGUCAACGACGGAGUCAACACCCAGCGUGCCAUACGUGUCUGGUGCUCGGUCAAGACACGACAGCAAUGGCCUUCUUACGCUCCCUACACCACUUUCUGCCAGCAGGAACCCCACCUCUGUAGGAUCGGCCUCGUCAGCUGCCGUCUCGCGGUCCAGCGAGGACGUUGUUUAUUCAGACGUCGGCUCGACCUCAAAUCAACGACUCGUUUCUAGUGCCCAAGACCAGUACAUCGACUCGUAUACUGAACCUUCAACGCCGCGGCACCCUCAGUUUGACGCCCACGUCGCCCGGGCAGGGGGCGUUAUUCGCAAUCAGACCGUAUCUAGCCAAUACCCUGGAGAGACUCAGAAUCCAUUCCGCUCUGAACCUCAUGUGGCUACUUACGACGACCAGUACGGUGGUUAUAGUGCUGAACCGGAAGAUAUGUCGCCGCCACCUGUGCCCAGCAAAUACCAGCAGGGGGGCCGUGGGGUCAGCUUGUCUGACAAUGGACCUGUCCCUGGGCCUGAGGGUGUCCGUAGGGUAGCGAAACCAUCAGUCCGUCGGCCCCCGUCACAGGCGCCUCAGAAUCGAUACUCUCGUUCAUCGACGGCGUUUAAUUUGCCACCUGGUGCGGCGCCUCCACAGCCAGGAGGAUACGGAGGCGGAUAUUAAGGACAAUUUCUAUUUUUGAUUUCAUGUGACAUUCUUCGAGGCCAGGUUAACAGGUUCUAAACUUUGGCUGCGCAGUGAAUUUACGGAUGCUCUUCGUUUACUCUCUACGGACCCCACUCACACGUGUUCUAUGAUGAUACCUUACGAUUUUUUUCAUCUUCCCGUCUUUCCUUGACUUUCUUUAUCUUAGCCUACCACAAACGCAAUAUCUCUGUAAUAUUUCAACUU